AUGAUAAGUUAUUUUAAGAAUUCUACGAAAUUUGUUCUUGCGACCGGGUCCGAAAUCAGCUUAUUCCAACUCCAAGAUAAGGAAAAUGUCGAGGAAUUCAUUUAUGAAGACAUAAAGCCACAAUGUUUAAAUCAAGUGAAAUUCAUCAGUCAACAUAAUAAGACAUUAAGCUAUUUAAACUCUGAAAAGAGAUACCAAUACAUAAAAUGUAUAGCAACAUCACAUCAAGAAGAUGAGCUACUUGUCGCAGCCGGUCAAAUAUCGGGAAAAGUUUCAAUUGUCAACUUCAUGCCAGUUGCUGAAAGCAAUUUAGAAUUUACACCACGACAAAAUCGACCAUCAUUGUCAUUAGCAUGGAAUGAACAAGAGUUAAAUUUACUUGCCAUGGGCUUUGAUAAGAACAAAUUUGAUCAUUCUAUAUCUGUUUGGGACGUUUCAAGGGGUGCUGCAUCAGAUACUUCUAUAGUAAAUCUCAUUGGCUUAUCGGAAAGUGCACAUUCAAUAUGUUGGGAUAAAAAAAACUUGAUAGCUGGAAUGAGUUCCAAGUAUAUAAAAAUGAUGGAUUUAAGAGGAUCACCAACAGCACUAACAGUUAACACAAGAGCUGUAAAUGGGCUCACAAUGUCAUCUAAUAAUAUGCUAUUAAGCAGUUACUAUGAAAAUGUUGUAAACAUUUUUGAUCUAAGGAAGUUCACCGAGCCAAUUAAUCAGUUUCAACUUGCUAAUCAUCUCGCUCAGAUUUCUUGGUGCCCAACAACUGAAAACUGCCUGUUGUGUCUACAAAAAGAUUCCUCUUUAGCUAUUAAUAUUAUUGACAUCCACUGGAAUGGAAUUGAAGACGAUAAUGAUGCACACUUUAUAAAGCGGAUAAUAGCACCAUUUGAGAUUGUAGAUAGAAAGAAUAAAUUUCAGCUUCUAUCCAAAGCAACAGCACUAGAAAAUAUAUGUUGGGAUCCAAAAUAUUCAAAUCAAAUGCUCGUGGCUGCGUCUAAUCCUUCAAACACUGCAUCUUCUAUUUUGUUGAUGGAUCUAGAAGUGCCUGAAAGAAGAAUAGCUGUAUUUGAUAAAUGGAACAAGCUUUACACUCCAUUGUCGCCAGAAAUAAGAGAAAUUCCAAUGGUUUCACCUCCAUCGUCUCCGACUAAUUCUACAAAUUCUUGGUACCCAAAUGCAGGUAUUAUGGAAGGUGAUAUUUCAGAGUUAUUUCAACAACGGAUUCUUCAGGAUUAUGGUCAGAUGGAUUUUGAGAGAAAUGCCAAAGUAUGCAUGGACUCAUCUCUAUCGAGUGUUUGGAAAAUGUUAGUACAAAUGAAAAAUGCUGACUGUUUUAUUGGUCUUAGAACUAUUCUUGGAAUUGAUUCGAAAAGCGAAGAACUGACUAUUGCUCAAUCUGUAACUGAGACUCGAGCAUUCUUUGAUUUUCCAAACGGAGGUGCUAUUAAAGUGUACAAAAGUGAGGAACGGGAAUUCGCUAUGGAACUGUGCGAUUGGAAAUUUCAGAAAAACGAUUCAAAUGGAAGUCUCCAAAUUUAUAUUGAGGAAUUGUGCAAGAAAAAGAGAUACACUCGAGCUGCUAUGCUUGCUGUAUUUCAUUUAAGGAUACGACUUGCUUGUGAUAUUUUAGCACGUGGUGCAAAUGAAAUGGACGACGAGAAAAGUUCUUUGCGGAUAUCAGCAAUAGCAUUGGCUGGAUAUAGUAGUGGAAAUAUGUGGAAGAUGCAGUGUGGUUCAGCACAAAAGCAAAUUGAUGAUCCUCAUUUGCGAGCCAUUUUCAGCUUUCUAUCUGACGAAACUUUUAACGGUGUCUUAUAUGAGGAAGGCAUAUCGAUAAGUGACAGGAUGGCAUUUGCAUGCACAUACAUGAAUGAUCGACAGCUUUCAGAAUAUAUAAAACAAAUGAUUCAACAAUCGAUUGAUCAAGGAGAUCUUCAAGGACUUUUAAUUACGGGUGCAACAAUUGAUGGAAUUCAAUUACUUCAAGCCUUUGUGGACAGAACUGAUGAUGUGCAAACGGCUGCCAUAAUUGGUCAAAAAAUAUUGCCAGCAGAUUUACAAACUGAUAAUCGUCUUCAGACGUGGAUUGCAAUCAUGAGAAAUAUGAUGAAUACAUGGGAAAUGUAUGAGAAACGUGCAGCCUUUGAUAUAUCCAUUGCGUCGACUAAAAACUCACAAAAAACUCCAAAGUCCAUUUUCUUAUUAUGCUCAUUUUGUGGAAAGUCAGUAUCAGCUUCUAUUUCCCAUCUUCAAGAAGAUGCUCGCCAAAGGAAUCAAAUACAAGGCAAUAAAUUAUCAUCAUGUCCAAAUUGUAAAAAGCCACUUCCAAGAUGUUCUUUAUGCUUACUACACAUGGGUACUUCUUUGCCUUCAAAUGUCUACAAUCAGUCAAAUAUAAAAUCGAGGAAUAUCAAAUCGUGGUUCACUUGGUGUCAAUCAUGUCGUCAUGGUGCACAUUUUGUACAUAUAAAUGAAUGGUUUAAAACUAAUACGGUAUGUCCUGUAACAAGCUGCAAUUGUAAUUGCUUUGCAAUUGAUUUACCACUUUUGAAAGAGAAAAAAGACGAAUCAAGCCUCAAUGCACAAUGA